AUGGACGCUACUGCCGCCUCUCUACAGGCGUUAACGCUCACAUCAACUGAGCGUUUGUCCCAGUUCCCAGAUUGCUACCCUGAUCUUAACGUUAUGGAUUCUUAUCGUGAGCAUAUCGCUCAAAACCUGUCCAAGGUCUCCGGUAUCGAUGCUGAAUUGAUUUAUACCCGCCUUGCUUGGACCAGCACUCUUGACAAGGGUGAUCUCAGUCUCCCGGUCCCUGCCCUGCGCCAGAAGACAAAACCUGCCGAGCUGGUCAAGGAACUCGCAGAAAAGUUCCCGGAGUCCGAUCUCGUGCUCCCUCCUACCGUUUUUGGCACCCACCUUCAAUUCUUUUGCAAGCCCGGUCCAUUGAACCAAACCGUGCUCAGCCGUAUCCUUAGCCAGAAGGCAUCCUAUGGCACAAACGGAAACCAGGGUCUCAAGGACCCAGCCGACCCCUCCAAGGGCCGGAAGCGUAUCAUUAUCGAAUUCUCAUCUCCCAACAUCGCUAAAGCGUUCCACGCCGGACACCUCCGCAGUACCAUUAUUGGUGGAUUCCUGGCAAACCUUUACACCGUUUUGGGAUGGGAUGUUAUUAAAAUGAACUACCUCGGUGACUGGGGUAAGCAGUAUGGUGUGCUUGCUAUGGGAUUCGCGAAGUACGGAAGCGAAGAUGCCUUGGCCCAGAACCCCAUCGGCCAUCUGUUUGAUGUCUACGUUAAAAUCAACAAGUUGAUCACCGAGCAGGCGGAUCACAUCAAGUCGCAACAACAAUUGAUUGCGGAUCUUACAAAUAAAGGCGAAGAUACCUCCAAUAUUAAGGCUGAACUUGAUGAGUACGUUGCUGCCAGCGAGGAUGAGAAGGCUCGUCGUUACUUCAAGAGCAUGGAGGAUGGUGACCCAUCGGCAGUCGCUCUCUGGCGCCGUUUCCGUGACUUGAGUAUCAUCAAGUACAAAGAGACUUACGCCCGCCUGAACAUUGACUUCGAUGUCUACUCCGGCGAGUCGCAGGUUAAGAGCGAGAGUAUGAACGCGGCCCACAAGGCUCUGAAGGAGGCCGGCGUGGUCGAGGAGUCGGAAGGUGCUACCAUUGUCGACUUCAAGAAGCACGGUGACAAGAAUCUUGGCACGGCUGUCAUCGUGCGUAAGGACGGCACCCCCUUGUACCUCACUCGUGACAUUGGUGCGAUCGUUGAGCGUGAUGAGGAGUAUCAUUUCGAUCGAAUGAUCUAUGUUGUGGCCUCCCAGCAGGAGCUUCACUUGAAGCAACUCUUCAAACUCACUAAGCUUAUGGGUCGUGAAGACUUGGCAUCGCGUUGCAAGCACAUUCAGUUUGGUAUGGUCCACGGUAUGAGCACUCGCAAGGGAACUGUUAAGUUCCUCGACGAUAUCCUUCGGGAUGUCGGUGAUAAGAUGCACGAUGUGAUGCGUGCCAACGAAGCCAAGUAUGCUCAGGUGCCAAACCCUGAGCAGGUAUCUGAUAUUCUGGGUAUCACUUCGGUGAUGGUCCAGGACCAGACCGGAAAGCGCGGAAAUGGAUAUGAGUUCAAUCUCAAUGCCAUGACAUCGUUUGAGGGUGACACUGGUCCCUACCUUCAGUAUGCACACGCUCGCCUGUGCUCAAUGGGCCGCAAAUCAGGCCUCGACCUCACCAAGUUGGGUGAGGCUGAUUUCAGCCUACUGACCGAGCCUCAUGCCCUGAACCUCAUUCGCUUGCUUGCCCAGUGGUCCGACGUGCUUGUUAACACAGCUAAGACUGAGGAACCUGUCACCAUCCUCAGUUAUCUGUUUAAGAUGACCCACAUGCUGAGCUCCAGCUAUGACGUUCUGAAGGUGGUCGGUAGCGAGCCUGAUGUGGCCCUUGCCCGCAUGGCUUUGUACUAUUCCGCACGCCAAGUCUUGCACAACGGCAUGCGCCUGCUUGGCCUCAACCCUGUUGAGCGUAUGUAA